AUGUCAGACUCUGAGCUGUUUGUGACCAGGGUGCCUUCCAUGGAGGGAAGCGAUCUGGAGCUGGAUGUCCUGGGCUUCCUGGGUUCCUUUGGGGACGAGAACAGCACAGUAGAGAGAUGCUACCGCUCUCAUUCCCGCAGUAGUGUCCUCCAGGGUCUGCCCUUUGGAGGGGUGCCCACUGUCCUGGCCAUCAAUGUGGUACUCUGGAUGUUCCUCUUGCUGAUCUUCUCCUGUCUGAGGAAGGCUGCAUGGGACUAUGGCCGCCUGGCUCUACUGAUGGAGAAUGACAGUCUGACAUCCCUCUUUUAUGGGGAACCAAGCGAGAAAGAGAAGUCCCCCUCAGAGUCCAGCCCCUCUGACUUGGACAUGAAGGACAUGGGCUUCUGCUCUUGGCUUGUGACACUUUACCAUAUGAAAGACGAGGAGAUCCGCAGUAAAUGUGGCAUCGAUGCCGUCACGUACCUGUCCUUCCAGCGCCACAUCAUACUGCUCAUGACAGUGGUCUGCUUGCUGUCUUUGGCCAUUAUCCUGCCUGUAAACUUUUCCGGGAACCUCCUUGGAGACAGUCCUGAAAAUUUUGGAAGAACAACAUUGGCUAAUGUUAACGCAAAGGAUAACUUUCUGUGGCUCCACAGUAUUUUUGCUCUGAUCUACUUCAUCAUCACAGUGCUGUGUAUGGCCAACCACUCCUCACGGCUGGAGUACAGAGAAGACGAGCAGAUAGCCCGGACUCUGAUGAUUACCUCCAUCCCGAGAGAGAUUUCCGACCUGGGACUCAUCACCAAACAUUUCCAUGAGGCCUACCCAAGCUGUACCGUCACCGAUAUCCGCUUCUGCUUCGAUGUCCACACGCUCAUGACGCUGGACUCGGACAGGCGAAAGGCCAUGAAAGGCAGGCUGUACUUCACCACAAAAGCCCAGAAGGAAGGAAAGAUCACGAUCAAGACCCAUCCCUGCGCACAGAUAUUUUGUUGCGACAUCUGUGGCUUUGAACAGGUGGAUGCAGAACAGUACUACAGCGAGUUAGAGGAGAAGCUGACGGAUGAAUUUAACGCUGAGAAGAAUCGCAUCUCCCUGAAGAGGCUGGGCAUAGCCUUUGUGACUUUUCAGGAUGAGAGGAUGACUGCUGCCAUUGUAAAGGACUACCGACGUGUGCGUUGCCAUCGCAGACCUCAACAGUCCAGCAUCACCACUGUGGUGCAGUCUCACAACUGGCAUGUGAGCUAUGCUCCUGCCCCGAGUGACAUCAUCUGGGAAAACCUGUCAGUGUGUGGCUCUCGCUGGUGGCUCCGCUGUGUCCUUCUCAACAUCCUCCUCUUCCUCCUGCUUUUCUUCCUCACCACUCCGGCCAUCAUCGUCAACACCAUUGACAAGUUCAACGUCACUAAGCCCGUGGAGAGCCUGCGGAACCCGAUCGUUACCCAGUUUUUCCCGACCCUCCUGCUGUGGGCGUUCUCUGUGCUCUUGCCUUUCAUCGUCUACUACUCAGCCUUCUUUGAGUCUCACUGGACCAGGUCUGGUGAGAAUCAGAUAACAAUGCACAAGUGCUUCUUACUGCUGGUCUUCAUGGUGAUCGUCUUGCCCUCACUUGGUCUAUCCAGCCUGGACCUCUUCUUCAGAUGGCUCUUUGACGUCAACUUCCUGGAUGAGAAGGAUGUCAAAUUCCAGUGUGUGUUUCUUCCUGACAACGGGGCGUUUUUCGUUAACUAUGUGAUUACAUCCAGUCUGAUCGGCACGGCCAUGGAGCUGCUGCGGAUCCCAGCGCUGAUGGUGUACGCCUUCCGCCUUUGCUUCGCCAAGUCCCAGGCUGAACGCAUCCACGUCAAACGGAGCCAGGCAUAUGAGUUCCAGUUCGGUCUGGAGUAUGCCUGGACCAUGUGUAUCUUUGCUGUUAGUGUGACCUACAGCAUCACAUGUCCGAUCAUCAUGCCCUUUGGUCUAUUAUAUGUGAUUCUGAAGCACAUGGUGGACAGAUACAAUAUCUACUAUGCAUAUGUUCCGACCAAGCUCAACCAGCGUAUCCACAGAGCAGCCAUCAGCCAGGUCAUUGUAGCUCCCAUCCUCUGCAUAUUCUGGCUCCUCUUCUUCUCCGUGCUCCGAUUAGGUCUAGUACAUCCCAUCACCCUCUUCACCUUUGUGUCCCUGCUCUCCUGCAUCACCUUUUCCCUCCUUCGCUUGUGCCUUAGGAAGCAACCAGACAAGUCAACAAGCUAUCAGGUCAGUGACUAAAUGGCGGACCAGCCAGCAGAGGGGAUGUACAAUGAUACCGAGAGAAGCACUGUGACCUCCACCACUGCCUCUAGUCUGUUUGUAGCAUCUGUGCUACUGGAGCCAGAGCUGGGUUUAUCACCCAUGCCCUCUCCAGCCCACCAGACCUACGGCACCAUGGCCAGCUCCCGCAGUUCAAGCCGUGGUCUAGUGGAGGAAGCAGAAGGGGAAGAGAACCAGGCCCAGACCCAUGAGACCGAGCUCCAAGACCCCCCAGACCCUCACUAUUCUAGCCCCCUCAUGGACAGCCCAUAGGGCUACCAGUAA